AUGGGCGUCCAGUGUCAGGAUGCAACGUGCAAAUCUCUCAUUCACACGGACAUAAAACCUCCCUGCAUCACUCAGGAUGGUGACACGCCCCCAGUGAAGAGGAGGCGGGCGGAGCUACAGACUGACGUCCGCUGGCUGUCAGAGAGCGGACUGAUUGACUGCGAGGUUCUGCUCGGGCCCAGUCCACAGCAGCUGCUCACAGGGGUCUCUUUUUACUCUCAGCUGUCCUCACCUCCUCCGUCAGGAUAUCAAGCGCUCCCCCCUCUCUUCGCUCUCGGGUACCACCAGUGCCGCUGGAACUACAGCGAUGAAGCCGAUGUGAAGGCUGUAGAUUCUGGAUUCGAUCGCCACGACAUCCCGUAUGACGUCAUCUGGCUGGACAUCGAGCACACGGACGGAAAGCGUUACUUCACCUGGGACUCCGUUCAUUUCCCCGAACCAGCCGCCCUGCAGCGCCACCUGGAGAGGAAGAAGAGGAAGUUGGUUGUUAUAAGUGACCCCCACAUCAAGGUCGACCCUGAUUGGUCGAUGUACCGCGAGGCCAGAGACGGAGGACAUUUUGUCAAAGACAGAGAGGGACGGAUCUAUCAGGGCACGUGCUGGCCCG